GGGACGGGAUACGGAGCGGCGGACUCUCCUCCCCCGGAUCCCUCAGUCACAGUAGGAGCCGGGCUGGGAGCUGCGCUCGGACCGUACGGAGGGGACUGGACGGGCGGACUGAGGGGUGACGGGGUGUCCCGGGGAUGAGGACGGGAGGACGGCGCCUGUUACUGGACUGAGCCCUGCGGGAGGACUACUACGAGGAGCUGCCUGCCCCCUGCUGACUGCACUGCCCAGUUGCAGAGAUGGAGCUGAGCCAAACAGAAGUUCCUCUCUAUGGUCAGAUGACUGUAUUGGCACAGUUUGGUGAAGAUUUCCAUCUCCCAGAAGAUGCAGAGUUUUACUUUGUUUACAAUGGGUCCAGUCACAGACAUGUAUCGUUUGCAGAACGCCUCUCUGCUAAUUCUCUACAAUCCAUUUUCCCAGGUCACAAUUGCCCAGAGUCAGUAAGUGUGACGGUGUGUAUGCACACUCACGGCUAUUCUCCAGUCAUCGUGUCUUGCGCAUCUAUCUCUUAUGUCAGGGAUAAAGUUUGCAGCAUAUCGCACUCUCUCAAGAGUCAUUGUGACCGUCUUACUUCUUCCAGCCAUGAGACCAUACUUGAACAGUUUGAUGUGGCUCCCCAGGACCUACAAUUGCUAGACCGGAAUAUGAUGCUGUGUUUAGCGCAUGAGGACUUGACUUCUUCUUGGAAUGUUUUAGGAUCAUAUUCUCAGUCUGACAACCUUUGCCAUGAAACCCUGCUGCACCUGACUAUGAGAUGGGGAUUAAUAGAACUGUCACAUUACCUCAUAUGUCUUCCUGGUGGACCGUCCGCUUUAAGUAGAGUGAACAAAGAAGGAGAGACCCCUGUGGAGGUUGCUAUACGACACGGUCACUGGAAAUUGGUCCAACAUUUAAAGAACUUUCAGGACCUUCCUCCACUUGACUUCUGCACCGCAACAAUCAAUCCGGACUCUUUCCUACGGUUCUGCUGGUCCUCCGGGGUGCUGACAUUAACCCGGCGUCAGACUUCUGGCCACUCACUGGAGUCGGACAUUGACCUCUUUCGAAAAUGUUUAUGUGAUACCAUCUUUUUUGACAAGAUCGUAAGCCCCAUGCACCCUUGGAAUUACAAAAAACAGAGGUCUCUUGAUGGAUCUGCUGCAGGAGGAGAGAAAAGACAUUCGUCAGUAGAUGUCCUCAAGAGAAUAAGAUACCCACCCACUAUGCUUGCUGCAACCAGACUUUCUGCCAUGCUGAAUGGGAGUGAUGAGGUGUAUGUCAACUCCAUGGUUAUAGAUGAAGUCAAUGAUUCAGAUGUCGGCUUCAUGCACUCGGAUGUUUCGUAUAAUGACCAGUCUGACUCCACGCCAACAUCGGAGAGCUCUCUAAGGGAUCCCAAUCUAUCAGCCUGUGCAACCCCGGAGAUGGUGAGCGAGGACUCCUCUGCCUACAGCUUCCCAUCAAGACACUCCUUACCUGGGGGACCUAACCGGUUAUGCCGGACGUUGGGGUAUGGCACAGAAAGGGAUGCAGCUUAUUCAAGUGUAAAGAAAAGAAGUUCCAGCUUAGAUGGCCUUGAUGCUGACAGUGAAGGUGAAGGCACAUACAGCAGAUAUCCUGAUUCUCCAGUUAAAGAGGAUUCAUCAAGUUAUAUUGGGAACAGCGCUGAUGAGCUGGACUCAUCCGAGACAAGUGCUGAGCGGGAUUUUCAGAGCAGACAGGCUGGGACGUUACCCCUUCUUCAAAGUAAGGAUCCUUUGUCUUCCGGUCUUCGAUUCCGCUCUUACUCUUAUUCCUCUCCCAAGAAUUUUCUUGGAAAGCCGCGACUGACGCGUGACCUCUCUGUUGGAGAACCUGGGGAUGAACGGGCAUUCAGCCUUCCUGACCAGUCAAGAGAAAAAAGAAUUGAAGAAGAGGACUGGGAUAGGUAUAUGACCCCUGUAAAACCAGAAUGUGAGAAGAAUAAAGUGAGCCGCACUUUCAGCUUCUUGCGGAGCAGGAUGUCUAGUACCCGGAACAAAAACAAGACCAAAAACAAGGAGGCAAAGGAGAAGGUGAACAGACAUCAGUUCGUAUCUGGCACGUUCUCUGGUGUGGUUCCAUGUUUGGUUUGCGAAAAAGCUCUCUUGGGAAAAGAGUCAUUACAGUGCUCCAAUUGUAAUGUAAACGUACACAAGGCCUGCAAAGAUGCGACCCCUGCAUGCUCAAAAAAGUUUCAGGACCGAUAUAAUCCAAAGUAUAAGCAACCUGCUGUCAUUUCAAAUACAUCAUUCAGGGAUGUUCCUCAGCCUGUUCUCUCAACAUCACCUCCCUCCACAUCAAUGACUCUAGGAAAAAGAGACUGUGGCCAUGCAGCCAGCCGAGGUGUGCCAGUGUCAGGUAUAGACAGGAGGUUAGACCAGUCAUUGGAAUCUGAUGGGGACACAAGUGGCUCUCGGUCCAGAUCACAGUCAGAAGAGCUGUUGCAGUCAAUGGGAACCCCUCCGUCAAUGGAUACUUUCCCCAUUGAAGAUGCCGUGGACUCGGCCCUGUGGAGCGAUCUCAGUAGUGACACUCUGGAAUUUGAAGCGGAGUCUUGGAGCUCAGUCGUGGACUCGUCCUUCUGCCAUAAACAAGAGAAGAAUGUCAUUAAAAGACAAGACGUUAUAUUUGAACUUAUGCAGACGGAACUGCAUCAUAUCCAGACCCUUUUCAUUAUGUCUGAAAUAUUCAGGAAAGGGAUGAAGGAGGAGCUGCAGCUGGACCACAGUACCGUGGAUAAAAUCUUCCCUUGUCUUGAUGAGCUGCUGGAAAUCCAUAAGUCCUUCUUUUAUAGCCUACGGGAGAGGAAACAGGAGUCCAGGGAGGGAAAUGACCGCAACUUUGUAAUCCACAGAAUUGGAGAUAUCCUUGUACAGCAGUUUUCUGCGGAGAAUGCUGAGAAAAUGAAGAUGAUUUAUGGUGAAUUCUGUAGUCAUCAUAUCGAAGCCAUGAAUUUGUUUAAAGAGCUUCAGCAAAACAAAAAGUUUCAGAAUUUCUUAAAAAUGACAAACAGUAAUCUUCAGGCCCGACGCCGAGGGAUCCCAGAAUGCAUCCUGCUAGUGACACAGCGCAUCACCAAGUAUCCAGUACUCGUGGAGAGAAUACUACGAUAUACACCUGAGGGUACAGAGGAAAACAAAGACCUCUGCCGAGCCCUCAGCCUGAUCAAGGACAUGGUCACUGCUGUGGAUUUAAAAGUCAGCGAGUUUGAAAGAAAGCAAAAGCUGGAAGAGUUUCUAAAUAAGAUCGAAAACAAGACGUUCACUAAGAUGAAAAAUGGCCAUGUCUUCACAAAGCAGGAUCUGAGGAUAAAAGAGAGGGUGCUGCUGCAUGAUGGUGUUCUCCUGUGGAAAACUGCUACUGGGAGGUUUAAAGAUAUUCAAGCUCUACUUCUAUCCGACGUCUUACUGUUUCUCCAAGAAAAGGAUCAGAAAUAUAUAUUUGCUGCUGUGGAUCAGAAACCACCAAUUAUUUCACUCCAGAAGUUGAUAGUGAGAAAAGUGGCUAAUGAAGAACGGGGAAUGUUCUUAAUAAGUGCAUCAUCCGCGGGGCCCGAAAUGUAUGAAAUCCAUACCAGCUCCAAAGAUGAGCGCAACGCGUGGAUGAGGCAGAUACAGGAAGCUGUACAGAGGUGUCCUGAAGAAGAGGAGGGAAAACCCUGUGAAUCAGAUGAGGAUAAACGGGCCGCUGAAGCACGAGCGGCAAAGGCCAAAGAAUAUCAAGAAAUUUUGGGUUGCCAUGACCAGCAAAUUUUCAGUUGCUUGGAAGAUAAGUUGCAGAUGUUUGCAGAACUUGCAGCAAUGUGCGGGGGGAGCGAUAUGCACCUGGAGCCACAUCUUUUAGUGAAGGCGGAUUCUGGAGAGGUGCCACAGGCUGCAUCCUUGCUGGCGGCUGCACUAAAAGAAGCUGAAAGCCUCUACACUACAUUAACUACAGAAUUGGAGAAUUCGGCAUGGUCAGCAGAGGAUGGUGAGACAUCAGGUAGAAACAUGGGGUGGUCCAAUACUGAGCCAUUGGAGGAAGGUCAUGAGUUUCAAUAUCCCGCCCUACCCCCUGACAUAGGAGCAGAGCAUUCAUUUAAUACAGAGCCCAGUUCUCCUCCAGUAAUGAGUGAUAUGGAUAUGGCUUUUACUGAAGAGAAGGUUGAAUUGGAAAAUUCCUCAGGAUACAGGCAGGCAGAGAUUAUGCAGGCAGUUCAGAACCUGACCCGUCUCUUAUACAGUAUACAGGCUGUGGUAACACUACAGGAUAGCCAGAUAGAACUUAAUAAAGUACUACUCCAGGAUCAACAUGAGCCAGCCAGCAAGGGUGUACCAAUCCGAGGGGCUCUCCUGCAGGAGCAUAACAGACACCUAGAAAGACACCGCGGGGACCUGGCCAGUUUAGAGAAACUUCAGCACCAGCUUCAUCAUGAAAAGAACCGUUGGGAGCGAGAGUUUAACCAGAAGGAACAGGAGUAUGUGGAAAUGGAGAACAUACUGCAGGAGAGGCAGAGAAUGUGCCAGAAUCAGGAGCAUCUACUGGAGGAGGAGAGAGAGGAACUCAGCCAGAAGCUGCAGGAAUACCAGCAGAAUGUGGAGCGGCUAAACGAAGGGCAAAGGAUUGUGGAGAAGAAGAGGCAGCAGCUCUGUCUGAAGGACAAACUCCUCAGUCACACCCGGCAGAACAGCAUGCCAGUACUGAUCCCACGGCCUAAAACUGAGGGUGUAAGAAACUCCCAGCAUGACAGUUUACAAAAUGAAGACUCCAACUAUAUUAACAACGCUCUGGCUCAGAUGUCGCUCGGCAGCAUAGCUUCACUCCCCGACUCCCAUCCACAUGUGCAUAAUACCUUGGACUUAGCAGAGACUUCAGAGAGCACCCCUGCGGACAUCUCCAGUGAACCUUGGAGCUCCUUAAUUUCCCGACAGCACAGGCUUGAGAAUUCCUCACGACACAGCAAUAAAGAUGCCUGUAACAAUGAUAUCAACGCGGCUCACGUAAUUUUCUGUGGAACACUACUGGCAACACCAGGUCAUAACAUGAACACAGGGAGCCACCAAACAGCGCAAACCUCAGAAACCAUGAAAACACUCCAUACUGACCCCCCGAGCUGUGUAGAAAAUGGACUAGUGGAAGAGACUAUAGUUUACCUCUGACUGUGGAGCAGGCCAGAACUCAAUUUGCUGGUAGAACCAGCAAACCAUUGUCUCUAAAAAUGAGAUAGAAAACAUUGUAAAUGUAAAUCCCUUUAAGUCUAACAUUUGCCAUUGAUUGGCAAUAGCGUAGAGCAUUGCACAUGGACGCGGCUAUCCAUUUUUGUGAUAUCUGCUGUCAGUAUGGUUGAUCAGGGACUGAAAUAAUCUCAGCGCCACAAGCUCUGUGAUCUACUACUACUGUCUGGAUGACUCCUUGCUUAUUUCACUGCUGCAAGCAGACCUUUAGAUACAUCAGAGAUACGUUCUGUUUUCGCAGGUCCACUUGAUGCUAGAGUACACACAGAAUAUAGUAUUUCAAGAAGAAUCUCAUUCAUUAUUCAUUGGAUUUACAAACAAAUGGCCUUGAAGUACCCAUCUCUUGGAUACAACUUCUAACACUGCAGAACUCAUUUGAAAGUACCCUUUAGAUGUUAAGGGGUCAGCUUGUGUUUUUUUUUUUUUUGUUUUUUUUUUCAUUGUGGAAAACCGCUAAGUUAUUGUAUUUUUAUUUUAUUGUAUAUUUAGAAAAUUACUUGAUGGCACCUUUUCACGUGAUGCACCCCACAAUAUAUACAAACAUGCCAAAUAUUCAUGGUGUCUGUAAAUGCAACAUUCUGAUUUAGUUUUGUACAAGAAAGGCUCCUGGUGUCUACAGUAUCACUAGGCCCUAUUCUCCCCCAUGUAUGGCAAAAUAGUGUGUCUUUAUCAUACGCCUGGUGGUAUGCAUAACUAUACCAUAUUAUUAUUAUUAUUUUUUUUUUUUUUGCUGUAUAGAAUACCAUAGUAAACUAUGUUAUUCCAUGCAGAGGGGUAUAGGAAAAAGUAUGCUGUACUGUAUGCAAUGGAAGCCUAUUAGCGAUGUACACCACUGUAUGCUUAUACAGUAGAAUAUGCCGCAGCUAUUCAUCUGAGGUAUACAUCUGGACAUCCUCUUUAUAUAUGCCUCUGAUGCAAUGUGAACAGAGCAUAAUACAUUAUGCUGCCAAUCCACUAUGAAGACAGAAUUUAUUUGGCCUUGGAUGACCUUCAGUCUGGCCAUAGUUAUUAUAUGUUUAUCUGCAGAUAGCUUAAUGUCUAUAAAAUCAGACCCUGACAUGAGACCCUCCCAGGAUGGAAUCUAAUGCUCACUUUCCCAGCUCCAUUGAAAUAGCAUGCAUGCUUAUGCAGGUCCAUUGUUUCCUAUGUCUUCUCAAUGAUGCUAGUUCUUUUUGCAGGUUCCCUGCCAUCCUUUAUUCUCUUGAGGUUGUAUAUGACUAAUAAGCGGCAGUGUCCUUGUAAAUGUUUAUUGGAUUGUCCAGAAUUUUAAAAAAAACUGACAGAAUUUUUUCAAAAAAUGUGCCAUCUUUUUCCACAGGCUGUGUGUUAUUACAUCUCAGUCUCUUUUGUUUCAAUGCAGUUGAGCUGCAACACAACACAUAACCAUUUGACUGGUGUGGCGCUGUUUUUUGGAGAAAGCAGCCAUGCUUUUUCUGAUUCAGUAUAACCCCAUUAAAGGGGUACUACCGUGGAAACCUUUUUUUUUUUUUUUUUUUUUGUUUUUUUUUUAU